UCAACCCUAUCCUCUCCUCCCCCUCUCCUCCCGCACGCACACACCAGGAGCAUGGCGGCGCGAGGAACCAGCCAUCACCGGCGCCGCCCCGCAGCUCCUCCCUCCCUCUGACCCUCUCCGCCACCCAUCCCCCAGGUCCCUCCGUGCACCGCCCUCCUCCUCCUCCUCCCUGGGUUCGUGGCUGGGCAGCCUAACGCCCUCACUCCCGCUCGUCGGCGCCUGGCUGGCCGCCCGACGCAUCGGCUCCAGCGCCAGCCAGCCCAACGGCGCAGCUCCGGUCAGAGGUAUCCGCCCCAGCUCGUCCCGGAUCAGUUUGCCGGCCUCCUCUACUCCAUUGCAACCUUACCCAGCUCGUCCAUCUGCUCGAGUUCGUCCCGGAUCAGUCCUACGGCGGCGCUCCAUUGCUUGGCACCGACCGGACCAGCUCGCGGCCUCCCCUGCAACCUCGCCUUCGAGUGGCUCCUCUGCCUCCAACCCUCCAGUACAUCUCCAGCGGCAAAAGUCGAUUCGAUGGCUGAUUUCAAAGUAGAAAUAGAUGUUCAGUCCUACUUGACGAUUGUAGACGGCAAAAGAGUUUACAGAAGGGGCAAAACAUGGGAUUUCAUGGUCGGUCGGGACUUGUCUGUGGCGCGGAUAAAGGAGGUUGUGGAGGAGAAGUUCAAGUGGUCUCCUGAUCAGAGAAAGACUAUUUGGUAUGGAACAGGAUAUAACACCAUCCCAUUGAUCUCUGAAUCAGAGAUAGCUGAAUUGUUUGAUAGGUGUUAUAACACGAAAAUAGUGAGGUUUGGUGUGACCAUUGAGAACAAACAGCAACACAAGGAACAAGCUCCUAUCAUGGCCGAGGAUAUGGAUGAUCAACCUAUUCAUGCUCCAUUCUUUGCUUGGCCGAAGCAAGCCUAUGAAGGCGAGUAUGAGGAUGAUGAGCCUGUAGGAUGCGGUGAGGAGAACACCUAUUUGCAUGAGAAUGUGGAGUCAAAGGAGAAUGCAAAGUCAAAGGAGAAAAAUGUCGAGCCAAAGGCUGCAAGAGUACCAUUGGGAACACUAGAUGUUGACAACUCUUAUGAUCCACAUCAUGUGCGAGGGGAUGAUGAGACAUUACUUGCAAACAAUGUGGCUCCUACUGAAAUGCUGUCAAAAUGCUGCUGAAAUGCUGUCAAAAUGUUGCUGGAAUUUUUCAAAAUGAUGCUGAAAAGUUGCUAUCUUGUUGUUGGAUGAUGCAAAGUAAGAUUAUGUUGAGUUGGUGAUGUUUUCAUGUCAAAUUGGCUUCUGAAAUGUUGCACUAUAGUUGCUCUUUUUGUUGUUGAAAUGUAUGCUUUGGGCUAUGAAGAGGUAAGGGUAUAGAAGUCUUUUUUGGAUGGUGUUACUCUCCGUUAGUCACUAGUGGUAUUUUGGUUAGAGAAAACUGGAAGUAGUGGUAUAUUGGCAAGUUGGUUUUUCA